AUGGGCACUCCGCUAGCGUCGAGCGGGGAAUCGCCUCUUGCCGAUGCGAACGGGGGUGGAGUUGCUGGUGCCGCGGCUCUCCCUCCCACCCUCCUCAUGCCCUCGAACAUUGUGUGCAUCCGCCGCACGAACACCUGCUGGAGUAGAGGGAGAAGACGCAUCAUGCUUCAUAUCACGCUCUCCCUCACGCUUCACCCCAUGCUCCCCCACACGCUUCACAUCACGGUCUCCCUCACGCUUCACAUCACGCUCUCCCUCACGCUCUCCCUCUCGCUCUCCCUCACGCUUCACAUCACGCUCUCCCUCACGCUCUCCCUCACGCUCUCUCUCAUGUUCAGCCUCACGCUCUCCCUCCCGCCUGCCCUCACGCCUGCCUUCACGGCUGCCCUCAAGCCCUCCCUCACGCCUGCCCUCACGCUCUCCAUCACGCUCAUCCCCACGCUUAUGCCCUUUCUCUGGCAGUUGCUCCUUAUCAUCUACAUCUUGCACGAUUCCUCUUUCGACCGUUCCUCCACCCGCGUGAACCGCCGCGUCUAA